UCUGAAAGGACAUUGGACGAAGGGACGAAGGAAGGAACGAAAUGUGCCGAUUUCGCUCGAGCCUCAACGCAGAGACGCAAAGAGAGCGGAGGCGUGUGCGUGCGCGUGCAGGCAAUCGAUUCCUUCUCGGGCGACACGGAGAAUUCUCUUCAAUUUGAUCCAAUUCGAUUCAAUUCCGGGCAGCAGGAAUGAACGAGCUCGCUCGCUCGCUCGCUGGUUGACUGGCCGAGGCGAAAAUCGAUCGACUGCGCUCCAAACAAGAAAAUCAUCCGAACCCGAUGGACACUCUGUGGCUCGUACUCGUCUUGGCGCUCGUGACCGGACGAGCGCAGGGCAGUUUCAUGGAGCAGCCAUUGGCCAGAAUCUCGGUCCACAGAGCCCUAAUAGAGCUCGAAGACACCGCGUCCAUAAGCGCAUCCCCCGACCUUCUCGGAGCGAAGGGAGAAACAGCGGAGUACGUCACGGUGAAGUUCAGAAGAGCUGCAAAUGCUGAGAACACGGACUGGAUCGGAGUUUUCUCUCCGGCCAAUUUCAAUGCUUCCACAUGCACAGAGCCCGAUGGAGUGCCAAGCAAGGAUCAAUUUCCCAAAUUGUGCAGUGCUCCUGUCAAGUAUAAAUACGCAAAUUUCUCAUCGCCCAACUACGUACGCAGUGGAGAGGGAAGUCUGAGCUUCCGGCUCAUCAACAUGAGGGCAGAUUACUCCUUUGGACUGUUCAAGGGGGACGUAAGCAAUCCUGUGCUUCUGGCCGUGUCAAACACAGUCUCGUUCACAUCACCCAGAGCUCCAAGCUUUAUGCGUCUUGCAAAUGGAUUCGAAUGGAACGAAAUAACAGUCACGUGGACCAGUGAUUAUGGGCAAGAUGAAGCGAUGCCUCUCGUCAAAUGGGGCCUUUUGGACGACAAAGAGAGGACCUUGACUGCAGCCAUGACUGUGACCUUCUCUCGGGAUGACAUGUGUGGAGCACCGGCAACCACGGUUGGGUGGCGGAGUCCCGGCUACAUACACACGGGCCAUUUGAAAGAGCUGUGGCCUAAUAAAAAAUACUUUUAUCAAGUAGCACAUAAGUUGGAGAAUGGAUCAUAUGUCUGGGGGAGAUCGAGUGUCUUCAAAUCCCCUCCCUUUCCAGGUCAAGACUCACUGCAACGUGUUGUAAUCUUCGGUGACAUGGGGAAGGCUGAGCGUGACGGAUCAAAUGAAUAUAGCAUGUAUCAACCUGGAUGUCUGAAUACCACCGAUACUUUGGCAUCGGACAUAGAUAAUUACGACAUUAUCAUCCUGAAUGGAGAUAUGGCCUAUGCAAAUGGAUACGCAUCCCAGUGGGAUCAGUUUUUGGAACAAGUCGAACCGCUUUCUUCCCGCGUACCAUUUAUGGUUACCAGUGGAAACCACGAGCGAGACUGGCCCUUUAGUGGUUCGUUUUACGGCAGCUCUGAUUCUGGAGGAGAAUGCGGAGUGCCCGCACAAACUCUUUUCAACAUGCCCGCGGUCAACAGGGCGAAGUACUGGUACCAAACGGACUGGGGUUUGUUUCGAUUCUGUAUUGCAAAUACCGAAGAAGACUGGCGUGAAGGUACAGAGCAAUGGGCGUUUUUAGAGGAGUGCUUCUCGUCUGUGAAUCGCCAAAAACAGCCAUGGCUGAUUUUUAUUGCCCACCGUGUUUUGGGAUACUCAUCUGGAGAUUUCUACGCGGCGGAAGGAUCAUUCAGUGAGCCCAUGGGAAGGGAUCUGCAAAAGCUUUGGCAGAAGUACAGAGUAGACCUGGCAUUCUAUGGCCAUGUCCACAACUACGAGCGAACGUGUCCAAUAUACGAGAAUGUAUGCUUGAGUCAAGAAAAGCACCACUACUCCGGACAAUUCAACGCUACCAUUCAUAUAGUUGCUGGAGGAGGGGGAGCAGGUUUGGCACUCUUUGCGCCCUUCAAUACAAGUUGGAGCUUUGUCAAGGACUACGACUUCGGCUUCACAAAGCUCACGUCCUUCAACCGCUCUAGUUUGCUGCUGGAAUACAAACGGAGCAGUGACGGCCUCGUCUACGACAAGUUCUGGAUCACUCGACACUACAAGGAUGUGCUCGGCUGUGACAGAAGGACUACAUUUUGCCCUUUGAUCACUCUAGCAACGUAGCGGACGAGCCUCUGUAACUAUCUCAAGCAAGCAUGCACAUAAUUCCCAUAAUGCAAAUCUUUCCCGGGUGCAUUUUAGGCGUAAGAAGUAAUUAUAGGCUUGUUGAAAAGAAAAGGUUAACUUGCACAUGCGGCAAGUAUGUAUAGUCUAAAAACCAUCGAAGGUUCUCUCUUGUAUGCAUGCAAUGUAAUCACACACUCGGGACUCAUCGCAUCUUAUCUGAAAAUCCGUAGUUAAGCGCUGGUUGGUCUCUUUGUAUUGAAAACUGGCAGGGGUGACUUCAAUGAGGGUUUCCUGGAACCUCUUCGUUGUGGCCCCAUAUCCAUUACAGCUGCACCCAACAACAUGCAUUGCGCAGUAAGUACUGUUUCUACAACGUUGUAGCAGUCUUGCGGUUAACAUGUGGAGUGAAGUUACUCCGUAGAAUCAACUCAAGAAAGCCGAGUAUCUUAUUGGUUAGAACAAAGCUGGCUAAGGUGGUGCUGCUGGGAAAAUACUGGUGUUUGUGCUCCGUGCGAGGAUUACUAUCUCCAGCACUACUAGUACUUCGGUAUCUGGCCUGCACAGUUUUUUAGAACAGGCUGUGCACACCCUUAGUUAACAGCAUCACCCAGGUCCUCGUUUCUUUUCACUAUCCGAUGUCCAUGUAGAGGCUGUGGGGAGGAUCUACAUAACGUCGUCUGGCCGCAUAAGCUUCUAAUCCCAUCCUGAUAUCAAAUCAGUUUAUGUA